AUUGAACUGAGAACAUUUGAUGUCUUUUCUGAUUUACAGAUAUGUUUCUUAGAAACAUGUCUGUAACUUCCAAACAGUCCCAGCUGGCUGUAGCUAAGGCCUGUGUAAUUGAUAAGAUGCAUCUGGCCUCAAGGCACAGAUUAAGUACAAGGACAGGCUCUUCUUGUCCCUGGAGAAUCUGGGUGGGGUAGAGGCUAAGUCUCAGGACCACUUCCUCUAUAUAUGAGUGCCAAGACAAACUAGAGCAGAGAGAGGCAGAAAGGCAGGCAGCCUGCUGGGCUUUUCUUGCUGUUGUAAACUUGCCCAACCCUUACAGAGGACAUUUUCUUCCUCUUUUUUGCCCUGAAUAUUUUCCCAAACAUGAAGGCAAUAAGUUUAUUCAUUUUGGUGGGGUUUGCAAGAGAGUUCCAAGUUUUUUUAAGUGCCUCCUCUCCGGUCAAUUGCCAGUGGGACUCCUAUGCCACUUGGUCAGAAUGCAAUGGCUGUACAAAGACUCAGACUCGCAGGCGGUCAAUUGCUGUUUAUGGACAGUAUGGGGGCCAUCCCUGUGUUGGAAGUGCUUUUGAAACACAAUCAUGUGAACCUACAAGAGGAUGUCCAACAGAGGAGGGAUGUGGAGAGCGUUUUAGGUGUUUUUCAGGCCAGUGCAUCAGCAGAUCAUUGGUUUGUAAUGGUGAUUCUGACUGUGAAGAAGAUAGUGCUGAUGAAGACAGAUGUGAGGAGGCAGAAAGGAGACCUUCCUGUGAUGUUGAUAAACCUCCUCCCAAUGUAGAACUUACUGGAAAUGGUUACAAUGCACUCACUGACCAGUUUAGGAACAGAGUCAUCAAUACCAAAAGUUUUGGUGGUCAAUGCAGAAAGGUGUUUAGUGGGGAUGGAAAAGAGUUCUACAGACUGAGUGGAAAUGUCCUCUCUUACACAUUCCAGGUGAAAGUAAAUAAUGAUUUUAAUUAUGAAUUUUACAACAGUAGUUGGUCUUAUGUAAAACAUACAUCAACACAACAUUCAUCAUCUCGUAGGAAGAGCUCCUUUUUUAGAUCUUCAUCAUCUUCUUCACAUAGUUAUACUUCAAAUACCAAUGAAAUACACAAGACAAAGAGUUAUCAACUGUUGGUUAUUGAGAACACCGUUGAGGUGGCACAGUUCAUUAAUAACAAUCCAGAAUUUUUACAACUUGCUGAGCCAUUCUGGAAAGAGCUCUCCCACCUCCCCUCGCUGUAUGACUACAAUGCCUACCGAAGAUUAAUUGACCAGUAUGGGACACAUUAUCUGCAGUCUGGGUCUUUAGGAGGAGAAUAUAGAGUUCUAUUUUAUGUGGACUCAGAUAAAAUCAAACAGAAUGGUGUUAGUUCAAUAGAGGAGAAUAAAUGUACUUCCUCAGAUUUCCAUUUUAUCUUUAAAUCAUCAAAACAAAAAUGCAAGGGGCUGGAAGAUGCUUUAAAAUCAGCUUCAGGCACACAGAACAAUGUGCUGAGAGGGAACCCAUUUAUCAGAGGGGGAGGUCCAGGCUUCAUUUCUGGCCUUAGUUUUCUAGAGCUGGACAAUCCUGUUGGGAACAAAGGGCGGUAUUCUGCCUGGGCACAAUCUGUGACUGAACUUCCUCAAGUCAUAAAACAAAAGGUGACACCUUUGUAUGAACUGGUAAAGGAAGUGCCUUGUUCUUCUGUGAAAAGAUUGUACCUGAAACGGGCUCUUGAAGAGUAUCUGGAUGAAUUUGACCCCUGUCACUGCCGGCCUUGUCAAAACGGUGGCUUGGCCACUGUUGAGGGGACCCAGUGUCAGUGCCAUUGCAAACCAUACACAUUUGGUGUGGCGUGUGAGCAAGGAGUCCUCGUGGGGGAUCAAGCAGGAGGGGUUGAUGGAGGCUGGAGUUGCUGGUCCUCUUGGGGCCCCUGUGUUCAAGGGAAGAAAACAAGGAGCCGAGAAUGCAACAACCCAUCCCCCAGUGCAGGUGGGAAAUCCUGCACUGGAGAAACAACAGAAAGCAGGCAAUGUGCAGAUGAGGAGCUGGAGCAUUUGCGAUUGCUUGAACCACAUUGCUUUCCUUUGUCUUUGGUUCCAACAGAAUUUUGUCCAUCACCUCCGGCCUUAAAAGAUGGAUUUGUUCAGAAUAAAGAUACCAUGUUUCCUGUUGGGAAAAAUAUAGUGUACACUUGCAAUGAAGGAUAUUCUCUUAUUGGAGACCCUGUGGCCAGAUGUGGAGAAGAUUUACAGUGGCUUGUUGGGGAAAUGCAUUGUCAGAAAAUUGCUUGUGUUCUACCUGUACUGAUGGAUGGCAUACAGAGUCACCCCCACAAACCUUUCUACACAGUUGGCGAGAAGGUGACCGUUUCCUGUUCAGGUGGCAUGUCCUUACAAGGUCCUUCCGUGUUUCUCUGUGGCUCCAGCCUUAAGUGGAGUCCUCAGAUGAAGAAUGUCCAGUGUGUGCAAAAAGAUACCCCUUUAACACAGGCAGUGCCUGAAUGUCAGCGCUGGGAGAAACUACAGAAUUCAAGAUGUGUUUGUAAAAUGCCCUAUGAAUGUGGAUCUUCUCUGGAUGUAUGUGCUCAAGACGAAAGAAGCAAAAGGAUACUGCCUCUGACAGUUUGCAAGAUGCAUGUUCUCCACUGUCAGGGUAGAAAUUACACUCUUACUGGUAGGGACAGCUGCACUCUGCCUGCCUCAGCUGAGAAAGCUUGUGGUGCAUGUCCACUAUGGGGAAAAUGUGAUGCCCAGAGCAGCAAAUGUGUCUGCCGAGAAACAUCAGAGUGCGAAGACGGAGGGUUUAGCGUUUGUGUGGAUGUGAAUGGCAAGGAACAGACAAUGUCCGAAUGUGAGGCAGGAACCCUGAAAUGCAGAGGGCAGAGCAUCUCCAUCACCAGCAUCAGAACCUGCGCUGUGGAAACCGAGUAGUUUCUGGAAGCCCUGGAUGUCUUGCUUGGAAUCCAGCAGGCAGCUAGGGCAGAGUUAAAACAUCUGUGUAACCGGGCGCUUGGACAGCUUUUCCAGAAUGGAGGCACAUUCUUUCUCCUUCUUCUCCAGUGUUCAUUUCUCUUCUUAACUCCCAGACAUCUGUAUAAACAUGAUCCUUUGUUCUCCAAAUCUAAACCCAGAUACUAUUUUUAGUUUUUGUUAAUGUCAGUCAGGAUGAAGAUAAUUCCUGAGCCUUUGCACAAGUUUGCUGUGUGUUCUUGGACUUGACUUUUUGUUUUGUCUGUAAUAUCUGAGGGUUAGACUAGAGAAAUUUGAAUGCUCCUUUCAGCCCUAUCAUUCUAGUAAGUAUGACUGAUCUAACCCAUGGGCUAGAACACACUCUACAAACUGAUUAAGAAAACAGAAGGUACAUGAUUUCCU